CCCGGUGCUUGACGCUCCGGAGCCCUAGUUGUCUGAGGAGAAGGGCUUUUUUCAAGGGAUUGUUGAGGAAAAUCACUCUAAUGGGUGUGAGGAAAAGAAUGUGACAAGCUCAGUGAGUGUGUGUAUGUGUGUGUGUGUGUGUGUCCAGUCAGUGCACCUGUCCCUCUCCGUCUCGCGCGCCCAAACUCGGCAGGCAGGCUCGCUCGCAAGGCGGGCGUUUUUAUCCAGUCAGCGGCGCACAACGCGGUCAGCCUGAACAUGACUUCGUCUUACAAUCUGGAUUUUUUGCCCGAGAUGAUGGUGGACGGACGAUUGCUCAGCGCCGGGGAGAGGAUUAACGGUACAGCUGGGAAGAUGAACGGCGCUCUGGAGCAUUCAGACCAGCCUGAUCCGGACGCCAUUAAGAUGUUCGUGGGUCAGAUUCCUCGCUCCUGGUCCGAGAAAGAGUUAAAGGAGCUGUUUGAGCCGUACGGAGCCGUUUACCAGAUCAACAUACUGCGAGACCGCAGCCAGAACCCACCACAGAGCAAAGGGUGCUGUUUUGUCACGUUCUACACAAGGAAAGCUGCCCUGGAGGCCCAGAAUGCACUGCACAACAUAAAGACCUUAACUGGGAUGCACCAUCCCAUACAGAUGAAGCCCGCAGACAGUGAGAAAUCAAAUGCGGUGGAGGAUAGAAAGCUGUUCAUUGGGAUGGUGUCGAAGAAAUGCAAUGAGAACGACAUUCGGGUCAUGUUUUCUCCCUACGGACAGAUCGAGGAGUGCCGCAUCUUACGGGGACCAGACGGACUCAGCCGAGGAUGUGCGUUUGUCACGUUUUCUACCAGGGCUAUGGCACAGAAUGCAAUCAAAGCCAUGCAUCAGUCUCAAACCAUGGAGGGCUGCUCCUCCCCCAUGGUGGUGAAGUUCGCCGACACGCAGAAGGAUAAGGAACAGCGGCGGCUGCAGCAGCAGUUGGCGCAGCAGAUGCAGCAGUUGAACAGCGCUUCUGCCUGGGGCAGCCUGACCGGCCUGACUGGCCUCACCCCGCAGUAUCUGGCAGUAAGAGGACACACCCACGCAGCCACGCCCACCAGCAGCACAGCCAACGCAGCCGCCGCAUUGCUUCAACAAGCAACCUCCUCCAGUAACCUAGGAGCGUUCAGUGGUAUUCAGCAAAUGGCAGGUAUGAAUGCUCUGCAGUUGCAGAAUCUGGCCACUCUAGCAGCAGCAGCGGCUGCAGCACAGAGCUCGGCCAGCCCGUCCACCGCUAGCGCCCUGACCUCCAGCACAGGGUCCCUGGGAGCCCUGGCCAGCCCAGCAGGUUCCACAGCAAACUCCAGCGCUGCCAUGGGUUCCCUGGGUUCUCUGGGGACACUGCAGGGUCUGGCCGGGGCCACCGUGGGCCUCAAUAACAUUAAUGCACUAGCAGGUAGCGUCAACAUUGCUCACAUGCUCUCAGGUAUGGCGGCUUUGAAUGGCGGGCUGGGCAGCACAGGUCUGAGUAACGGGUCGGCCGGGCCUAUGGACGCUCUCACACAGGCCUACUCAGGGAUCCAACAGUACGCGGCUGCCGCCCUGCCCACCCUCUACAGCCAGUCCCUACUGCAGCAACAGAGUGCUGCGGGCAGCCAGAAAGAGGGACCUGAAGGAGCCAACCUGUUCAUCUACCACCUGCCACAGGAGUUUGGGGACCAGGACAUCCUACAGAUGUUCAUGCCUUUCGGAAACGUGGUGUCUGCCAAAGUCUUUAUCGACAAACAGACCAAUCUGAGCAAGUGCUUUGGUUUCGUCAGUUAUGACAAUCCAGUGUCUGCGCAGGCCGCCAUUCAGGCGAUGAACGGCUUUCAGAUCGGCAUGAAGCGUCUCAAAGUCCAACUUAAGCGCUCGAAGAACGACAGCAAACCGUACUGAUCUUAGCACUAGGGCCUCUCUCAUGUUACACUGCUAGGGUAAGUCCCCACUGCUGCCACGGUCACCAAACUGGGACUCCAAGGGGAGGGGGUGCACGAGGGGGGAGUUUCACCCUUUGACCACCAGAGGGAGCCACUCUCCCUAAACCGUCUUUUCAGCUUUUUCAAUUAAUAACAGUAUUAUUAUUAUUAUUUGGUCUCUUUUUUUUUUCUCCUCCACAUGAACGCUUCCAUUUUCCGCCAUUUAUUAUUAUUUUAUUUGUAUGACUUGCGAUGAAUGAACAGCUAUUAUUGGUCAAUUUUUUGAUUCCGUUUAAGUCAUGUGUAAACAUUUUUUUUUAAAGUAAAUAUUUAUACAAUGGCUAUUUCAUUCUAUGAUGAAAACAACAGCAGAAAGUAACGAUGUAUAAAGUAUUAUUUGUUUCUCUUUGUGAACCUGAGGCUUGUAAGGACAAGUAGAGAAGGUUCCGAUAUGAUUAAAGCACCAAUAUGCACAUUAACCUUUGCCCUUUGGCCUCUGGUGUCGGUUCAGGGCUUUGCUGCUCCUUCGAACCCUUGGCCCACUGGCACUAGAGAGGAAAGGGUUAAACCCGCUGUGGCCUCUCUGUAGUCAACGGCAACAACUGCCUAAACAGCUUCCUCAACAAAUACUUGCCGUCAAAUGUUCAGUGAUUUUAUUAAUUUGUUUUUUAGAUUUUUUUUAAAAUUCAUUUUCUGUCAGUAUGUUUAUUUUCGUUUGUGUUUGUUUGUUUGUUUAUUUGUUUUUGAAGAACAAAAAAAAAAUAGUCCGAAUUUAUGCGUCAGAUAAUUGUGGUCUUUGUCCAACAGAAUUUGUGUAGAGCAUUAAAAAAACAAACAUUUUGAUCUGUCGAUGGUUUAAAAAGAAUAAAGCAUUCUAGGUUCUAUGUGGAGGGAUGGGGGACUGAAAACUUGAUAUUUAUCGAAAGAAAAAAAAAACUUAAAUUACAGAAAGCCACAGGCCUGUAAAUUUUAUUUGUAAAAAAAUGCAGUUCUAUUUUUAUACAAAAUUUCUACUGCCUCUGAAGUAAAGGACUUUAUUUAUUAUCUUUUAAGUUAUUGGGUUUGGAAAGUCGUGCUCUAUCCUGAGCCUCGUCCGGUAGUCUUCUUAAACCACACCAUCCGCUGUGUGACACGUACAAAACCCCCUCGUUUUCUUUCUUUCUUUCUCUCUCUCUCGCCUUCCCUCUUGCCAUUUCCCACAAUCCCAUCCGUCACGUCCCCAUCAUACCUGUCUCUUCCUCUUCUCUCUCUCUCUCUUUCGUCAUACGUAGUGUAAAUCUCUCUCUUUUUUACGUUUCAUUGCGUAUUGUUUGGUUUUUGUUCGUUCACUCCAAAAAAAAAAAAAAAACUGAACAGUUUCUCCCAAACGGCGAUCCAUCUGCGGCCUCGGAUUGGGGUUCAGACCGGGAUGGAUACUUUUGGGUGUGUGUCUGUACUGAGGAGAUGGAAUGUGUGUUUGUUCUUGUAAAUGUGUGAGCGAGUGCCUCAUUUACGUGUUGCCAAUCUAUUAGAAUUCUGUGUAUUAUUCGAAAAAAAAAAAUCAAAUGCUAAUGUGAUGUUGGUGAAACGCUGGUUAAUAGCGCUGCUGCUGUUGUUUGUUUGUUUUGUAUGUUUGUAUGUUUGUUUGUUUGUUGUUCUCAUGGUUUAAUGAUGUUAGUUGUGUGCCGGAGCUGUGUGUGUAACUCUCCUCUCCCGUUUUCUUCCCUAGAACUCAUCUCCAUGACUCUAUGCUCAUCGUUUGCCUAGCAUGUCUACGUGGCGUACAAAAAAAAAACGUCUCAUCGUCCCGUCAUUGUUUCUGAUGUCUUUCUGAGUUCUCCUGCUCAUAAUCUGGUCUCCUUUUAACUGAUCUUUGUACUUUGAUCUUAGCCUGAUCUUUUUUGGAGAAAAAAAAAUCGCAUGUGACCUCAUUUUGAGCUUUGUUUUAUUCCUGUUUUUCUUUGGUUUUGCUUUGUUUUAACUGGUGAGGGAGGGAGGGAAGGAAGGAAGGGAGGAAAGACUAAAGAAAAAAAAAAUACAAUAAUAAUAAUGUGAAAACGCUGCAUUCACACUCUAGAGACAGAGUAUAUUUACUAACAUAACCAGAGCAUCAUUUUAAGAAAAUAGAAAAAAAAGAAGAAAAAAAAUUCCUGUGGCAAAACAUUUACGAGUAUUUUCGUUCAUUAUUUUUCCGUUUGUUUUUAUUUGUCCGAUUGUUUUGUUUCUCUCUCUCUUUAUGUUGUUUUUUGUUUCAUUCAUUUAACGUAAACUUGAACGUUCAAUACAGGGAUUGGCGUCGGGACUUACUGUUGGCAAACACUCUUAAUUUGAGGCCUGCCGUAAGAAACCGGCGUCGGUUUCUAAACGAAUAGACUACUUCCACGCAGUUUUAAUAAAAAAAGAAAAAAAAAAGCUGUCUGAUCGAUAUUAGAAUCUCUCAGAGCUUGCUCGUGGUUUUUACAUUUUUCAGGCAGUGUAAAGUUUUUUGAUAAGGCCAUUUUAAGUGGCUUGAUUUCUCAUUAAAGUCUAUAUAAAACCACUUUUUUCUAGAGUAGUAAAGGUAUUAAAAAACACACACACACAUACACACACACACAAGAUUGCCCUGUUUGGGGGGAAAUGCUACCUACGUGUCACACCUUUUGCUGAACUGACUUACAGUUAGACAAUCCGUGGUUUAAAUGCACAUGAAAUGACCUAUAUUUUAUACUGUUUAAAUGUAUAGAGGAAAAAAAAAACAGAGUUUGUGUAACCCGCGGUCCCGUCGGUGCUUUUCGUGGAUAAAGUCGUGGUUUCAUCAAGUCUAACAGUCUUAUUUGUCUCAUGUUUUUAAAGAGAAGACUAAAAAUCAAUUUACUUGAACAAUAGACAAAGCCUUUCAUAAGUACAAUUACUACUAAUUUUGUUUGUUUUUUUGGGUUUGUUUACUUUUAUUCUCGUUUUUUGUUUAGUUUUUGUUUGUUUGUUUAUUUGUUUGUUUGUUCUUUUAAAUAGGAGUCCCUCUUUGCUAAAUUUCUUGUUGGGUAAUUAGCUAUAUAAAAAUCCUUAAAAGUUACAGUGUCGGCUUGUGAAGCAUCUAUGUCAUUCUAUUAUUUUAUUUCUAUUGUGGGAAACAAUAUUUAGAUGUGUUAUGUUGUUCAGCAAAAUGUGAUUUUUUUUUCUUAUAAAGAAAAAAAACAAGAUGAGUGGAAUUUAGUGCCAAAUUCUGACGGUACAUCCUGCCUACAGCUUCAGUGUUUUACUUGUGAAAUUAUUUGAUAACAUGGGUAUUUUAUUACGUAAGUGUUUUGUAUGGAACCCUCAUAUUUAAAGAUAUAGAUUUUAAAAAAAAGGUUGUUAACUUGCUCUUCUGUGGUCUUGUUGCCUGAAAAUGUUCAUGUUUUUUGCUUUUUCUUUCUUUCUUUUCUUUAUUUGUAAAGAUGUAAAAAGUGCCCAUGUGUCAUAAUCGCUCUCACAAGCACACACGCACACACACACACACAUACAUUCACAGGUAAGCACACAUAUGCACGCAUACACACACCUGUGCUAAAGGUUGACCUCACAACCCUCUUUUCUUUGACGGUGUGUGUAUGUGAGCCCCUGAGAUUGAGUCUCAGCAGUUCUCCUUAUGAACACACACACACAUAUACACGUAGAUCCAAUUACACCACAGGGGGCCCAAAAUUGACAGAAAUUACCAUGUGAUGGGAGAAAAUAUUGACGUAUUUCUGUGAAUUGUAAUUUUUGACCAUCGUGACAGCCUCGUCGUUACACAAAUAAUCAUUACAGUUCAGUUAAAAACGUCUCCGUGUAGUCUUGCUUUUUUUGCUGCCUUUAUCAGGACAAUUUUACGUUCGUAGGACAACCAAAUCUCGUCCUGAAGCCAAAGUAGUUCAGUGUGAUCCACGGUUUGCAAUAGCGCCUGUAGCACUUUGCUGUAAACGUUUACACAUCGUUCAAACGGCCCAUAAAACAAAAAUAAUAUUGUUUACAAACGUAGUUUACAGGCAGCCCCCGUCAGACCAGUUUACUUCACUCUAUAGCACUAUUUUAUACCCAAGCUCUGCCGUUGCCUUAACACUUUGAUCAGUAUUAAUGGGCUGGAAUUCAUUGCUGCACAUUUCAAAUGUGUGCCAAGGGUGUCUGCAUGUGUGUGAAUACAGGUGUGUGUCUUCGUUGUGAUUGGUUGUUUGUCGUCCUUUUUGUUUCAAAACCUAAGCCAAAUCUAAAUCUGCCAAACUGUGUGCCGGUUAAAAACGUAAGGGACUCCUUCGUGAAACUAGAACAAAUUUGCAUAUAUUGUUCGCCAAGUAAAAAGUACAUUUUCGUAUGAAUCAAUUAUUUCCUGUAAAAUCAUUCUUAGAUGACAGAAUUUAUUACUAGAUAUUGUGCAGAAAAAUGUUCUUCCUUAAAUUGUUUGUAAAAAAAAGUUCUAUGUAAACCGGACUUGUAUAAAUUGUAUACAGUUGUUCUAUGUAAAUUUUUAAGCACAAUCAGAAUAUUUAUAACAUCCUUCUUUCUGAAAUUUCCAAACAUGUGAAUUUGUUUUUGAAAACCAUACCGUUGUGUUAAAGUAAAAUUUGAGCACAUAAAAUGUUCAUAAAUGUGUUCCUCCUCAAAUUAUUGGCCUUAAACAGAAUGUAUUUCUGUAUAAAUCGUUUGUAAAACCAGCCUUGCGCAAAUUUGUUUUAUGUUCGUACGUACAUUUUUUUAACACAAACAGAACAAUUCAUUUAUAUUUUGUUUAUCAUCGCGUGAAUUACAACCUGUGUCCAUUCGUAUGUAAAUUGCCAUGCACAUGAAUUUGAGUAAACUGUCUGGAAAAAAGCAAGCAGGACAUUUUUACGUCAAAUUUGUCUUGUGUGAAUAAUUCUAAAUACGCAAAAAGAUUCUGGAUUUUUUUUUCCAAUGGUAAACGCAGAACACAUUUCUAUAUAAAUCAUUGAUAAAACCACAAUUUUAUAAAUCUUCACUGUAAGAAAUGCUGGGUUCUACCCAGUUCCUUAAUUUUGUCCCAACACAAAUCGAUUAAGGUAAUGUAAUCAACUUAAUUUUUACAAAUUUAAGUGGAUUGAAUAUAAAACAAUUAAGUUGUCCCCCCAAAAAACUUAAGAAUUGUGGUAAGUAGUUUGAACCAAAAAACUGAUUUUUUGAGUGUUGCGUAAAAUAUAUACAACAAUUUGAAGUAUUUUUUUCCCGCUCAAUUAGAAAAGUUGAUGUAUUAUGUGUUUGUAAAUUUUCUGAAUUUCAAGCUAUGACAAUUCUAAUGAAAUCAUGACACAUAUGCAGAAAGACCUUCAGUAAAUUGCACAUAAACAACAUAUUUUAUUUGUAUUAUGUCGUGAAACUAAACUGUUACGUUUUUUUACAUUGUAUGUAUGAAUGGUUUAAAGAAAGGUUUAUAUAAACAUUUGUUCUGAUUGAGUUUCACGAAUGAGUCCCAAAUAAUGAAAAUAAAUUUCCCCUUAAUGAGUGCAUUUCGCAUUGGGAAGUUAAAGUCAGUCGGUUUAAGAUAUGCUGUUCUUUUUUGCCAAAUUGUAAGACCACUAGCACAAACAUAAAAGCACACUAGCACCGGACAGUAUUAAUACUGAAGAAUCUUUUCGCUUACCCAGUAAGGUAGUAUUUCCAUCCUAAAAUGUUCAAAAGAAAGUGAGGAAUUAUAAUCAAGCAAAAAAAAAAAAAAAAAAAUGUCAAAAACAUCUUCGAUUGACCUCAUAUCCUCAAUAUCACUGCGGUUCGGCUUAUACCUCAGCUCGGGGCUUCUCAGAUAUUGACAUUCUGCUUCGCUCAGCACAUUUAAUCACAAUCAACUUAAGACAAACAGGGUAAAGCUUUCACAAUUUGACAUACACAUAUAUUCGUUGGAUGUUUAGCAAAGCACAAAGUCGCAGGAGCUCUCGCUGAGACUCUUCACUCAGGGGUUUUCCGCACCACACGCAUCUGAAAUCUGUUUGUUGUUUCUUUUGUUUCUUUCUUACUUUCUUUCUUUCUCUUAAGUGCUAUUUAACAAGUGUAUUUUAAAGGACAAAAAAAAGAUGUGUAGUUUCUUUGCAUUUUGGCUUAUGUCAAGUUUUUUGGAAAUGUAUGUGUUUUAUCUAACGUGCCGUAACAAAAGCUUGUCGUCUGUAGAUUAAUAUCAUUUUGUUUGAUUCUAAAAAGAUUUAAAUAGUUUUAAGUAUUGUCUUGAGAAAAGCCAAAGUCAAUGCAUUUCAGUGGAUUAUGUAAGCGUGAUACAUGUUUGUUUGACAACACUUUGGAAAUCUGUCAUUGGAUGGGAAUUUAAAAAGUACAAAAAAAGCAGGCUUUCCUAUUUCUAUCACUGAUUGUACUUAUGCCUUUUGUACCAGUGGAACUUUUUAUACUGGCAAUUAAAGGAAAAAAAAAACAAAAAAAAAAAACUAUUUCUGACAGGCUGCGCGGCCCCAGCCAGGGGCCGUCAGCGACUGGUUCCCGAGUUUGAUUUCUAGUUGGCGUCCAGAACGUUAGGUUUUGAUAUAAAGAUUUUUUAGGAGAACUUUGGCUUGGUAUCUUUAGCCUCCUCUUCUUUGUUCUUCUUCACAUCAAUAUUUGCUUUCCUUGCUUUCUUCUGUUCGUUUGUUCGUUUUUCGGAAAGAGGGUCGAGGAGUUUCCUUUUGGCUUAUAAAUACGUAAUACGGUUUUGUCUUUACAAAGAGUCUUUACAACAGCGGUAAGUUUCAUUUAGUUAAGUAUUGUGCAGUCACCAUGAUAAAGACGAUUAGACGACUUAGAAGUAUUUAGUCACCUUCAGUGGAUAAAUGUAUUAGUUUGACAAACAAGAUAAAAGUAAUUUGAGGACUUUGCUUUUAGCUGUUUAGAUUUUUCUGGUUUCUCUGUCUUUGCUGUUAACCUAACUGUGUAGCUGGAACAGUCAGACUUAUUUUUGUAAAUGUAUGUUCUUGUGUGAUGCAGUUUUUUGCCUCUGUCUCCGAUAUUAAACCAUUUUUCCUAA